AUAUAUAAUUAAGCGUAUUAAAAUAAUGAUCACGAUUAAGUGGAAACAAAAGCUUGAAUUACUCAAGCUGGUUUCUUAUUCAGGCGCGUUUCUGGAAAGCGCGCCAAGCAGCCGCCAGUUUGAAAUCCGGAUAAACAACGCGUGUGUUGGAAGCGUUAUUAAUGCAGACAUGUCCCAGAACGAUGCGAUGCAUGACGAUGACCUUGAGAAGUCAGGGGAAGCACUGAUCGAGUUCAUCAAGAGCAGUAAGGCAGAGAGCGUGCUUCGAGGAGCGAGAGAGAAGCUGCAGGAGUUCUUCGACCACCACAUCAAGACCAAGAAGACCACAACCGAGCUCUUAAACGAUCUCGUGCAUGCAGAGGAAGUGGUGGGCCAGAAGCUUCUGGAUUUGGAGCGGCAGAAGAGUCAGAUGGCGCAGGAGAUCGAGAGGAUGGAGCAGGAGGUACAGCGGAGCCUCUCCAAAAGCCAAAUCCUGGACUCAGAGCAGGAAUUCUUGCAGAAGGAGUUGGAAAGACUCCGAGAAACUGAGCAGGAAAUUCAAACUCUGCAACAGGAAGUGGAUGAGGACACAACUGAGGUCAUUCCUUCAGCCAUAUACGUCGCUCAGCUCUACUUUAAAGUAACCAAGAUCAAGCUGGAGGUGGACACAGAGCCGCACAUCCUGAGGGGAGUUCACUACGGUGCGGAUGUGGCAACCCCCAUCAACAUAGACACAUCCACCCGCUCGCCCUGUGAGAUCAGCGAUGACCUGUGGAGCCUGGUUAAUACUGAAUGGUAGAGCUGGUGCACAUGCACACUGUUAGCUCAAUUGUUUUUAUGCCUAUGUAUAUAUAUAUAUAUAUGCAUGUGUCUUGUUAUUCUGUUAAUAAAGUUGCCCCCUUUGCAUCACACACCACAAGAUGUCACUGUGCAUUCACAAAGUUCCCCUCACAGCCUGAAAAUGCAUGUUUUGCGUUACUAUAAAUGCAUUUGGUGUUAUAAUUUGCUCUUUGUUAAACGGCUCACCUGCUGUUUCCAUAGAGCAGUGAAUUUCCUAUGAAAUUUUAAAUCAGUUUUUGAAAAUGUUGUAAUGAGAUUAAGUACUCGUUUUGAAUACUAAUUAAGAGGGAGAUUUCUCAGGACUUCUGAAAAAAGGGCAAAGAAAAAUUGUUUCUGUAAAAAGGACAUGCAAAAUAUUUCAGAAGAUAGGAGUAGAUGGGUUGUAACUUGCAUUAACAUGAAAGCGAGCUUCUCUUUCUGUUUUUCUUUUUUUGUUUGUUCGUACUGCUUUUUUGUUUCAGUCUUGGUUUUCUUAAUCCUUCAAAGUUACUUUUAUUGUACUUUUUUUUUUUUUGCUGGCAGACAAAAUCCUAAUAGGAUUUACUGACAUUAAAAAAAAAGAAAAACCUUUGAACUGA